AUGCAUGGACCAGAUUCAGACACAAUUGGGCUAAGGGAGAAAGAGCCUGGUCAUAAAGGUACCGAGGUCGUCUCGGUGCUCUUGCAUUCUGGUGGAGACGCGUACGUCGCUCUCUGGAACUGUUCUGUGUAUUCUCCCGGGAGUGCAAGGCGCGCUACGGCUAGGCAAGUCCUGGAUCCAGGCGUACCGAGGCGCGAUCUGCGCUCUGCGGUCCUCAACUCGACAUUCGUCAUUCCGGGCGCCGAUGCGGGUGCUUUCCAGGAUCAUUCUGGCCCGGAAGACGCGCAAUUCAGACACAAGGAUGGACGCGAGUACAGUGCGACACGGAAGGAGAAGACAGGAGAAGACUCGAGGAACGAGGGCCCCAUGUGCAGCUGGUACACGCUGAAGACGACAUUCGCGAGAAGAGAGGCUAGAGAGGAGAAACAGCACAAUCCCAGCGAAAGCUUAAGCCGGGUCCAUGCUUCCCGCGCAAGCCGUAUCCGUUCCGGGUUCCGGACCCUUCAGGCCUGCCUCAUGCCUCUUCCGGAAGACGCGCCACCCGUCUGGAUCAGCGCACAGCGUGCAGUGAUUGCAGUGACAGCCUCGGGGGAUUUGCGCAUGAAGCGCGUACUUCUAUCAGCUGCUAGCCCUGGGGUGGUAGGUAUUGCAGAGAGGAGGUGUAGGUGUGGUCCAGACUCUGAAGUGGACACCCGGGAGGUUUGCAUUCUAGUCAGCGUGGUAACUCCCGAAGCGCGCCCCGGCCCCGGCACCUAUGUCUUGAACUCUCUGCGAGCGCGUGUGCUGGCGGGCGUCCGCGUCAGGCUGUCACUCUUCGGUGACACCUCUGCUACUCCGGUUCGUCCUUCCGCGAGUCAGUGGCGUCCGGCACGUUCUCGGGCCGUUUGGAGGCUUGAGGGUGCCAUGGUCGCGCUUGUAGCUCCCGGGACAUUCUGA